AUGAAGCAGGUUGGACCCAACAUGUCGAAAUCCAGCUAAGAGGAUACCAAAGAGUGGCUUUGAUUGUCUUGACAGUGAAUGAGAAAAUGCUUUCUGCUCAUGAUUAAGCUUUGCCCAGCUCUCCAAAAGUCCCAAUCAGGACUCACUGAACUCAGUUUUCACAUAUUUUUGAAGGUAACUGUGAUUUAUGAGCUGGAAGCUAAGAUGAUUGUCUCCAGUAUGUUCUUUAACCACCUAGCCGAAAGGAUAUACUCCUUUGCUAUGCUUAUCCAUUCAUUGAUUCCCAACAGACCAAUCCGACAAAUCACAUGUCUCUGCAUCCUAUAAAUCCCAACAGAAGAAUGGUGCAUUUAGUGGCCUGUAUCCUCCCCUAUGGAUAUAUAACUCAUUCACAUCCGUCUCCUUUUACUCAGCCCAACAAUACCAUUUCAGUGUUCUAAGGUCUAAAACUUCCUUUUCUUUCAAUCUCGAAGUUUCCCAUCUCGAUUUUACACAUCCAAACAAAAUGAUCAGUGCCAAGAAGCUCAUCAAAAUGGCAAGGAAGUGGCAGAAGAUGGCUGCCAUCAGGAGGAAAAGAAUCUCAUUGCCUAGAACUAGUAGAGAAGUGGAUGCAGAAAGUUGCAGUACAUCAUCAACUGCUGAAAAGGGCCAUUUUGUUGUAUACAGUGCUGAUGAGAGCCGCUUUGUUGUGCCCUUACCAUAUCUCAACAGCAACAUCUUUAGGGAGCUCUUCAAGAUGUCUGAAGAAGAGUUUGGACUGCCCAGCAAUGGCCCCAUCACUUUGCCCUGCGAUGCAGUCUUCAUUGAGUAUAUAAUCUCUCUGGUUCAACAAUCCAUUGCCAAAGACCUAGAGAAAGCAUUGCUCACAGCCAUAGCAACCGGGCGCUGCUUAUCAACCUCCAAUAUCUGUCAAGAACAAGGAAACCAACAAUUGCUAGUUUGUAGAUGUUAAAGAAAAUUAUACUUUGGUUUUGUAAAUGAUCCAUUGAAUUGUAUCCAAAUGAGCUUACAUACAUAAAAGUAGUACUCUGAAAUUACAGUUA